CGCUCUUCAAGUAAACAAAAAUUUGCCUCGAAAUCCUCAGAGCAAUAAAUUCAUGUUUUAACGAGAUUUUACAUCAAAUUCCUCGCAAAAUGAGCAACCAACAGUAUGUCACAGAAAUUCCGAGUUCCUUGAAGCAAUUGGCUCGACUUGUAGUGCGAGGCUUUCACACUAUCGAGGAUGCUCUAAUAAUCGACAUGCUCGUGAGAAAUCCUUGUAUGAAGGAAGACGAUCUUUGUGAAUUGUUAAAAUUCGAACGAAAGAUGCUUCGUGCGAAAAUCGCGACUUUACGCAACGACAAGUUCAUUCAAAUCCGCUUGAAAAUGGAAACCGGCCCGGAUGGCAAAGCGGCAAAGGUCAAUUAUUAUUUUAUUAAUUACAAAACGUUCGUUAAUGUCGUGAAAUACAAGUUGGAUCUCAUGCGAAAGCGAAUGGAAACGGAGGAACGUGAUGCCACAAGUCGCGCAAGUUUCAAAUGCACGGAAUGUCUGAAGACUUUUACGGAUUUAGAGGCAGAUCAGUUAUUUAACCCCAUGACGGGUGACUUUCGAUGCACAUAUUGCGGCGCCGACGUCGAAGAAGACAGCUCAGCGAUGCCAAAGAAGGAUUCGCGUCAAAUGUUGGCAAAAUUCAAUGAACAGAUGCAACCGCUGUACGAUUUGCUGCAACAAGUUGAGGAUAUUAAGCUUGCGCCGGAGUUAUUGGAGCCCGAACCAACGGAUUUGGACACAAUUCGGGGCAUCACGAAGCAAGACAAAGAUCGAACUGUCGAAACGGGUCAAUGGUCGGGCGAACAAACGCGCUCCGGAGGUCUUAUUACGGAAGAUACGCGCGUCGAUGUCAGCAUUGGCGAGGUUGAAGACCAAAAUAAGGAUGCUGUGAAGAAAGAUCGCCCAAUUUGGAUGACCGAAAGUACGGUAAUCACGAAUACGGAGAACGACGAAGACGAGUUGGAACGCGCUGCGAAGAAUUCUCAAAGCACAAUCACGACGAACAAGGGCAAGAAGGACAAUGUCGAUAUCAUGUCAGUUCUAUUGGCGAACGAAAAGAACCACAAAAAGAAUCCCAUGGGAAAUUCCGAUAAAAAUGACUCCAGCUCCGAUUCUGACGGCGAAAAUCCCGAUGAAAUCGAUAUUGAGCAAGUUCCUGAUAUGCAAGACAGCGACGACGAAGACCAUAAUGUGCCCAAAGUGAUGAUCGGCAAGGAGUUGUACCCCAUUGAUGAGAUCGACGACACGCUAAUUGCUCAAAUGACGCCGCAAGAAAAGGAAGUCUACAUUCAGGUGUAUCAAGAUCAUUUUAGUUUGAUGUACGAAUAAAGU